AUGGCUCUAUCCAUACAGGUCCUUACUCCUCUUCAGACCUCAGCCGUUUCGCCCGAGUCCAACAUAUCUUCCGAAUACAAAUCAGUCAAACAACAAGUGGUGUGGAGGCACAAGCCACUGGUCAACAACAACGGGCAUGCGGUGAAGAAGCACCGGCCAAAAGAAAAGAAAGAAAUGGAGAAAGGAAAAUGGCAAAACAAAACAGAUUCUUCUGUUGAUAUUGCUUUCGUUGUUUAUGUUACGUGA